AGUUGAAGUUCAGGCUUUGUAUGUGAGUGCGCCAUGCUCCGGUCAGUCUUGGGGAGCCUCUACGGCAAGGUGUCUCGUGUACCUCUGGGGCUACAGCUCUGCAGAUAUUCCGUUGCCAUACCAACCCCCAACCCUAAGCCAGAUGUGCACUUCAACCAGCUCUUUAUCAACAAUGAGUGGCAUGAUGCUGUCAGCAAGAAGACCUUCCCCACCAUCAACCCAUCUACAGCAGAAGUGAUAUGCCAUAUUGCAGAAGGAGACAAAGCUGAUGUGGACAAAGCAGUUAAAGCUGCACGCGAGGCAUUCAGAUUGGGAUCACCAUGGAGGAGAAUGGAUGCAUCUCAAAGGGGUGUUCUGAUAAACCGUCUGGCAGAUCUUAUUGAAAGAGACAGAGCUAUAUUGGCAACCUUGGAGACUUUAGACAAUGGAAAGCCAUAUGCAAUUUCCUAUGCAGUGGACUUGGAUCUUGUACUAAAAUGCCUAAGAUAUUAUGCAGGCUGGGCUGACAAAUGUCAUGGAAAGACGAUCCCAAUCGAUGGAGAUUAUUUUACCUACACCAGACAUGAACCUGUCGGAGUGUGUGGACAGAUCAUUCCGUGGAAUUUUCCUCUUCUAAUGCUUGCUUGGAAAUUUGGACCUGCUCUGGCCACUGGAAAUGUGAUUGUCAUGAAGGUGGCUGAGCAGACCCCUCUCUCUGCUCUGCAUGUUGCUAGCCUUGUGAAAGAGGCUGGAUUCCCUCCGGGUGUUGUAAAUAUCAUUACUGGAAUGGGUCCCACAGCUGGUUCAGCUAUCUCCUCUCAUAUGGAUGUGGAUAAAGUGGCAUUUACUGGUUCUACAGAGGUUGGUCGUUUAAUCCAACAAGCAGCUGGGAAAAGCAAUUUAAAAAAAGUGACACUGGAACUUGGUGGGAAGAGCCCAAUCAUUAUCUUUUCUGAUGCAGAUUUGGAUUGGGCUGUGGAGCAGGCCCACUUUGCCCUUUUCUUUAACCAGGGCCAGUGCUGCUGUGCUGGCUCUCGCACUUAUGUUCAGGAAGAUAUCUACAAUGAGUUUGUUGAGAGGAGCAUACAAAGAGCAAAGAAUAGGAUUGUUGGGAACCCCUUUGACUUCAAAACAGAGCAAGGACCUCAGGUGGAUGAGGAACAGUUUAAUAAAAUUCUGGGGUAUAUAAAAUCUGGGAAAAAGGAAGGUGCAAAGCUUCUCUAUGGUGGUAAUCCUGCUGCUGAUCGAGGCUAUUUUAUCCAGCCCACCGUUUUUGGAGAUGUGACUGACAACAUGACCAUUGCUAGAGAAGAGAUUUUUGGACCUGUGAUGCAAAUUCUAAAGUUUAAAUCAAUUGAAGAGGUGAUCGACCGAGCCAACAACUCAAUGUAUGGUCUGGCAGCGGCAGUGUUUACAAAGGACAUUGAUAAAGCUCACACUUUCUCUCAGUCAGUAAGAGCUGGUACUGUCUGGAUUAACUGCUAUGAUGUUUUUGGAGCUCAAGCCCCCUUUGGAGGGUACAAGGCAUCAGGAAUAGGCAGAGAGCUUGGAGAGUAUGGACUUGAAGCAUACACAGAAGUGAAGAAUGUCACCAUUAAGAUUCCCCAGAAGAAUUCUUAAACGUGCUGUGAAAGGAAAACAUCUGGGAAACUGUAGGGUUGGAUCUGUUAUUUUAAGAGUUCAGCAGUUACCUUUUUAAACCCUUAAUGCUUUCUGUAAGGCUUUUCUUUCCCCAUAACAUACAAAGCAAAUCAUAUAAACCGUGCAGCAACACUUGCUUAAAGUCAUGCCCAAAAAGAAAGCACUUAAUUCUAUGCACGGUUUUCAUUUUGUUAGAAUACCCCUGGGCCUUGGUUGCUAGACAUCCAAGCUAUUUGCCCGAAAUUAACAUCCGUUGUUUGGGGACACCAACUUCACACUGGAAUUUCUUCUUUCUGACUUCAAACUGUGACUUCCCACCAUAUACCAGCCGCAAUAUAGGCACUUGUAGUAACUCCUAAUAAAGCCGUAUAUUUCUGUA